AUGUUGAAUGUGAUCAUGAAACUUGUAGAUCCAUGUUCAUACACCAUUGUGCGUACACGUAGUGAAAAUUAUUGCACCUCCCUACCCCUCCUUGGACGUAGAUUUUUGCGUUAUCACUGUGAGGGACUGAAAUCGGCAGGAAUCAUGACUAAUAUGCUUAUCAUCCUACUGUGUACAUUGCAGGCGUUUGGGGCCACGGAGACCAUGACCGAUCGGACGUGUAUCCACAGUAACGGACGACUAACGGCUGAUUUGAGCGCUCGUGAUUUGUUGAGUUGUUGUCACUUCUGUGGAUUUGGAUGUCAUGGAGGUUAUCCUCCAUUGGCUUGGAACUACUGGAAAAGCUACGGCCUUGUGACUGGCGGUUCACUGGAAAACCCGACCGGAUGUGAGCCCUAUCCAUUCCCCAAAUGCAGUCAUCAUGGUCCUCAACAAACAAAUACAAUGUAUGAUACUAUGACAAAUGGACCAGUUGAAGCAAUGUUUCAGGUGUUCGAAGAUUUUUUUACCUACUCAAAAGGCAUUUACCAUCACGUGACCGGUACAUUCGUGGGAUAUCACGCGAUUCGCAUGCUCGGCUGGGGAGAGGAGAACGGUGAAAGGUACUGGUUACUUUGGGGUGAGGAUGGAUUUUUCCGCAUUCUUCGAGGAGUGAACGAAAGUGGCAUUGAAUCUAGGGUUAACGCAGGUAUGCCCUUUCGCCGGUUUUCCACUGAAUUCAUCCGAAAUCAAUCAAUUCUGUCCGGAAUAUGUUAG